UUGGGGAUUUAUUUAUGGCGCAGAAUAACGCGUGUGUGUAUGUUUAUGUCAACAGCCGCCCUAUAAUUUACGUCUGAUCAUAGACACGUUCUACUGCGACUCAUCUCACUAGUGAUUGUGACAGAGAGCUGCUCCUGUCUCUCUCUCUCAGAUUUGGGUCUCUCUGAUUUGUUUUAAGCCACACGGAAUCACGCGAGGGUUCAUAUCGUCUCAGGAAUCAUGACUUCUCAGGUGAGGCAGAACUUCCAUCAGGAGUGUGAGGCAGCCAUUAACAGACAGAUUUACCUGGAGCUCUACGCCUCGUAUGUCUACCUGUCCAUGGGCUACUAUUUUGACAGGGAUGACAAGUCUCUGCCCAACUUUGCCAAGUUUUUCCGCGAGCAGUCUAAGGAGGAGCGAGAACAUGCGGAGAAGCUGAUGAGUCUGCAGAACCAGAGAGGAGGACGGAUCUACCUGCAGGACAUCAAGAAGCCGGAUCGGGAUGAGUGGGGCAGUGGUCUGGAAGCGCUGGAAUGUGCUCUGGCUCUGGAAAAGAGCGUAAAUCUGUCCCUACUGGAUCUUCACAAGGUGGCAACUCAACACAAUGAUCCACAUGUUUGUGAUUUCCUGGAGACGCAUUACCUGGACGAGCAGGUGAAGUCCAUUAAAGAGCUGGCGAACUGGGUGAGCAGCCUGCGGCGGAUGGGCGCUCCUCAGAACGGCAUGGCCGAAUAUCUGUUUGACAAGCACACUCUGGGAAAGGAAAGCUCUUAGACAAUCUCUCUCUGUGUUUAUGAUGAAGUCAGUCCACUAAGCAUGUGACGUGUUGCUGUAGUUUACUAGAGAUCCUGCCUGAACCCCUUUAGAAGACAUACAGUAAAUGUAGUCCACAUUAUAUGCAAUAUUCUAUAUGAAAUCAUUCAAAUGAGAUGAUUGCAAUAAAAAUAUUAAUGUGAAA